CAGAUGUUAAGUCUCACUGCAGACAAUGCAGCCGCCAACAAUACAAUGACCACGCACCUCGAAACACUUGUUCCAUCAUUUAGCGGGGUGCCAAUGCGCACUCGAUGCUUUCUACACAUUAUCAACCUCGUGGCAAAAUCUAUCCUCAAACAGUUUGAU